UAGGCAGAGAGGUUCCUCUUUGGUCUAACUUGUAUAUUGGCAUCGUAGUGUAUGUCCACAUUGUAGAGAUGGCAUCUCGAAAAAUCGUCGUGGUACUAUUGAGUAUGGUACUAUGCAACAAUUGAAUCUGAUUGUUGUAUAUAUUUUUUAACGGAGUAAAACUCGAGAAAACGUGAAGCGACCGGGCUGUCGGAAUGAUUGAGCACAAUUUUCCUCCUUUGAAAAAUGAUCAAAUACUCAAGGCAGCACGCGGAGAGCCAGUUGACAGGGUUCCAGUUUGGGUUAUGAGGCAAGCAGGGAGAUACCUACCAGAAUUUCAGAAAGUCAGAGCUCAGCACGAUUUUUUCAGCGUUUGUCAAACGCCCGCAUUGGCAUGUCAGGUGACCUUACAACCGAUAGAACGUUUCGAACUAGAUGCCAGCAUAAUAUUCUCAGAUAUCCUGGUGAUUCCUCAGGCGAUGGGCCUGAAAGUCGAGAUGGUACCAGGGGUAGGUCCAGUCUUGCCUCAGCCCUUAGCCGAUCCCAGUGAUUUAACGCGGCUUGUACGACCAAAUGUGAAUGAAGCUCUAAAGUAUGUUGGAGAUGCUAUAACAUUGACUCGGCAUAAAUUGGAUGGUAGAGUACCAUUAAUAGGAUUCACCGGAGCACCUUGGACUUUGAUGGGGUACAUGAUUCAAGGAGGAGGUAGUUCUACAAUGGCAAAGGCAAGAUCUUGGUUAUAUAAGUAUCCAGAAGACACUCACAAAUUGCUACAGAUGAUUACGGAUAUUAUUGUUGAUUACUUAGUAAUGCAAGUAAAAGCUGGUGCUCAGUUACUUCAAGUGUUUGAAAGCAAUGGAGACUAUUUGGAUGAUGCUUUGUUUACAAAUUAUUCUUUUAAGUAUCUCAAACAAAUUAGCGACCGUGUACGAAAGCAGUUAAAAGAGGAAAAUAUUCCAGAAGUGCCUAUGAUUGCUUUUCCAAAGGGUGCAACCAUGAAUUCCUUAAAAAUUCUUGCGAAAGAUCAGAGCUAUGAAGUUAUAGGUCUUGAUUGGACUGUAGAUCCUAUAGAAGCCAGAAAUCAGCUUGGUCCUAAUAUUACGUUACAAGGUAACAUGGAUCCUUGUGCAAUGUAUUCUCCACAGGAUAAAAUUGUUGAUCGUGCACAAAAAAUGGUGUCGGAUUUUGGUAAAACUCGAUACAUUGCUAACUUGGGACACGGCAUUUUACCGGAUACUCCAAUUACAUCCAUGGAGGCUUUUAUUAAAGGAAUCCACUCUGCAUAGGGUUGCACGAGACAGAUCGGCGCGAAUCGAGCGAGAAACCAGGUUCCAGGACUGACGUUACGCAGUUGGUAGACCGAAUACCGUCGGCGCUGUCACCGUCGCGUGUGAGACGCGCGUUGCCAAUCGCCAGUCGUCUUCCCGCGUUCCCGCUGGUGUUGUGACAGUCUGACAGUCCUGGUCGGAGAAGUACGUCAGAGGUUGGUCGUGGGACAGGAUGCGCGUCACGGUUAGGUCUUGAGACCUCGUCGCGGGCCCGUAGAAUGACCGAGUGUUGCGCUGGACGACGCGGCUCUCGCUGAGGGUUUGAUUUGACGUCG